CGGCAAGUCUCAAUUUCGCGUGUUCAUGGAAGAUUGCCUCUGUGAGUGUAUGUAAUGCAUGAGUCACAAGCUGGCACAGUACAUUACAUUACAGUACUUUACACAACCAACUACCCGACCUGGAUUAGCAGGCUCUGAUACAGAGACAGGUAACGCAUCAUGCCAUAUUACUUUUGGCACCACCUUGGAUUGACUGCACCAGUUCUGUGCCAUCACUGAUCCUCUCUACAUUUUUUUGCCCAUUUCCUGCCCACUAAACUCAUGUCGUUUGUAUUGUGUGGAGGAAAUGGUAGAAAUUUUACCAAAUCAUGUUUAAAUCAAAUGUAAUGUCAAUCAAAAUAUGCUUUUCAUGUUUGAUAGUGGUUAAACAGUAACCAGUAUCAUGUUUAUCAUGUUUAACCAUUAAACUAUUGUCCAGACUCACAGCAGAGAGAGGUGAGUUUAUAUUUUUGUGUUGGCCAUAUACGUAUUCCUCCAUAUGUUGCUCGUCUGGUGACCUGAUAUCAGUAUAUGGCAGAGGGUAUACAGACCACAGUGUUCCUCACACAAUGAUAUCUUGCUGUCUACAUUCUUCAUAAAAAAAUUAUAACUAAUGAGUGCAUAUGCCAGACUUUGCUCUUUGCCCGCAGAGACCUUUUGCUUUCUGUAUGCACUGAGUGAUUUCAUGAAAGCUUUACAAUUAAACACCACAAAAGGCAGAUCUUGUGUUCUUGACUUGUUCAUAUUUCCAUAACAAUCACAAGUGCUACCAGCUAUUGACUGCCUUUAGCUUACAGCCUCACAGCUAUGGCAGUAUCAAGGUCCACCUUCUAGCUUCUGCUGUUUCUGGUCUCUCUCACUCUGAGGCUGCUUAAAAUACAUGGAUGAAACUGCAACCUAUUGUCUUUUGGCAGGGCCCACACCUAUUGCUGCAAUUGGUAAGGCCCCAGGGGUCCCACAGCCCAGUAAGACCUGCAUUUUGCAUGACCAUAAUCUGUGCAGGCGUUGCUGGUGGAAUUAUUCAGCCUAGUGCUGGCACAAGUAUUGGUGGAACAGGUGUUGGACCACCCCUUGAUGGUGCAACAGGAGUCCAACAGCCUGCAGGUGGUGGCCCAGGUGUCAAAGCACCUAAACCACUGGUACCAGGUGUCGGCACUGGAGUUGGAACUUUGCCUGGAGCGAAGCCUUUGAAACCUCCAGCUGUGGGUGGAGCAGGAAUCCCACUGACAGGAGGAGGUUAUUUUGGGGGAUACAGUCCAUAUCAUCAUGGUUAUGGACAGGGUGGGCUGACGUAUCCCUCUGCAGUCGGACUGGGAGGUGUUGGUGCUGGAGCUAAACCACCCAAACCAGGUUACGGAAAUCUCGGUCCUGGUGGUGGAUUUCAGCCAGGUCCUCCUGGUUUUGGUGGCUAUCCCCAGCAGUACUACCCAGGCGGAUAUGUACCAGCCCCACUGACUCCUCAACAAGCCAAAGCAGCCAAGUACGGUCCAUUGCAGGGUUUCCUUGGUGGCACAGGAGGAGUAGGAGGAUUCUAUGGAGGUGGAGUUGCAGGAUGCCAGGGCAAAUACUGUGGGAGGAGGAAGUAAAGGAUCUGAGAUCCAGUGUGAUCUCAAGAAACCAUGGUGCUACUGCAUUAUCUAGAAUGUACAUUUUAUAUGCAAACAAACCCCCAUUAGAAAACACAUGUAAAGAUGUUUUUUUUACUUGACUUCAGUGUCUGUUUUACACAACCCACCGACCCAGAAUUUUGUGCACAUUCUGACGUAUGUUAUUGAUAGUGUGCCUUUAAUCAUUUAUAUGGUCAAGUUAAUCAGCUUUAAUUCCCCGUACUGUACCACCCUACUUAAAAUACAAAGAAGGUGCUUGUGUUGCAGUGUGUGUGUGUGUUGUGUGUGGGUUGUUUGGGUAUGUGGUUGUACUGUUGUGCAAAAGACUGUCUGACCUGUCAGCUCCCAAUGUGACCUAUAAAUGAUAUCUUUUCUAAAGCAUGGAGACCUGUCCUCAGUGUCACAGCCCACACUGUCACACUUCGCUGCGCAGAGCUUGCCACCUCUCCAGUGGGUUUGGUCAGGGUUUGCCCUUAAACUGAUGAAAUCUCACCAAUCCCAGCAUUGGUUCUGGCUCCCCCAUCUCCUCUGCUGCUAUUUUUAGGCCUGUUGGGUAGAAAGCAGCGGGAAUCGGGGCUCCGGCCAACCCAUCUGCUCUCAGCGACUUUGCUGAUUCUAGAUGCUACGUAGUUCAGUUUUCUCAGCAUUUUUAAUGUUGUCAAACUUGUGAUGUAUGAAGAGCAAUGUUUGCUCUGAAGAACAGUAUACUGAAGACAAACAAAAAGCAUUAGAUUCAUUACAGGAUGUUUAAGAACCAUGAGAAGUGAAUUAAAAUAUCAUUCAAAUGCUACUCUGCCUUAUACGUGAUGUAUGUAUGGAUGUUUACUGAAGCGUCGCUGUCCUAAAUUCUCGGAUAGCAUGCUUUAGUCUGCUUCAAAUGUUUAGCCUUAUUGUAGCAGUUAUUUACAUUUAUGGCCAAAUGGUUAUUACAUGAUUAUUCAAGUUUGUUUGCACCACGCUUUGAGUCAUAGCUUUAACCAGAGGUUAACCAGAGGUUCAUGAGCGCUUUCUCCAAGUGACUCCAUCUCUUUCUGUAAUUGUGUACUGUAUUUUGUACUAAUUUGAUGUUAGCUGGCCUCAGUUCUGUCACCCGAUCUUUUGUAAGAGCUGAGCCUCGCUGGGGCAGACCUGGUCUUCUGUGCCGUGGGAUACUCUUCAUCUUUAUUUAAAACUGUUUUACAUGGAGGAACAGUGUGGUUUUGCACUUUUUAUAUUUCCACGAGACACAUGUGACUUUUUCCCAGAUAUCCUGGCAUUUUAUUGGCUUUAAUAAAUAACAAAAUAAACAUGUUUAA